CGUGCUUCCCUCCUGACUGCCGCCGCUGCCGCCACGUGUAGGCCGGGAGCCCUUCCACGCCUAGUUUCCUGUUAUAUCUGAGGGUCCCUCCUCGGGGUCAGGCCCUCAUUACUGCCAGUGACGGCCCUGCACCCCCUGCACCUGCAUUCAUCCCGGAGUAGCCUAUAUGGAGGGUUGGUCUUCCUCCCAACUUCAUUCCCACGUCCCUGUGUUCUCGCAACCCCAGCUGCCUGUCUGCUACCACCUUCCUCCUGGCUAAGCCUUUGCCGGAUCUUCUUUUCCUGGGUGUGGAUCUAAAAGAUCUUAAGCCCAGGGUUGUGGAUGUAGGCUGUGAGUCCUAGAAGCGGCCUCCCUCAGCCCGCCAUCGGGAAGAAGAGACUUAGGACUGUUGGAGGGCUUUCCCUAUAAUGAAUACCCCACCUUCCCGCGCCUCCAGUCUGAUCCUAAGUUUAAAGACACUUGGCAUCACCCCACCCAGAAGUUCUUACUCCUCCUUCGGAGAGCCUAAGGGCCACUGUUCCCUGUCACCCCGUUGACCCACUAUCUCCUAAAGUGCUGAGGGUCAGGGACUCCAGUAGGCCAACACCCGCAUCAGUUAGGGACUGGCCCCCCGCACCAGAAAGGGCACUAAAGGAUUAAGUUAAAGAGACAGCCCAGUUUGUGGGUUGGGGGCAAAAGCUAACUUUCAGCCUGGGGCUGCUCCUGCCACGGCAGGUUGUGGCUGAGGAGACUUGGCCCUAUCUAUGGAGAAGCCGAAGGGAAGAGAUGGGUACGUGCCUGGAAGAAUUCAUCUCUUGCCUUCUCAGGUCUCUGGACUGACUUGGUCCAGGAAAGACCACAGACAGCUGGCGCAGCUCUGUGACGAGACGAUGGCACCUCAGGCACUGCACCCAAGCUCUGGGUCACAAGUCCAGGCAGCAGGGUGGAGAGAGCCCCUAGGGCCUCUGGCGCUAGAAGUUCAAGAUGUCUCUGGGUUGUGUCUACCUUCAGAAAUGGACCCCGGGUCUUGAGCCAUUUUAUCACAAGGUCUACAUCAAGAACCCUAUCCAAAGGGGAGUUCCCUGUCUAGCCCUGGGCCUAUACCUCACCAGGAAACGGUCAGAAUUCCUGAGGGAUCCACAAGGCAAAUUCCCCGGAAGGGCCUUCAAGUCCCACCCUGGACAGGAGGGAGAAGCUCCAGUUGUCCAGCCUGAGAGGGGGACUAGUUUCUGCCCUUGGAGCCGGCGGUCCCUCCUGAUUGCUGCAGCAGAACGAGGUGCCCAGCAAAGGUGUGAGUCCCUAGGCCAAGAGAAGGCUUGCCCCAUAGAAGGCUAAAGCAGCGGAAAUGCUCCAGACGGCACUCCUGCAACAAUUAGAUAAGGACUUGAUUACUGGGUUAUGACUCAGUUUAUAUUUUAAAUACUGAGCAGAACUUGAGGAUUGAAAUCCCCAGACCUGGAGUAGGAAAUUCUUCAAGUUGCCAGGGGCACUAAACACCCUAGGCAGUUCUCAGCUUCCUGGAAAGGACGGGAGGAGGAGGAGGAAGAGUUUUUCUCUGAGGGGUAAGGGGAAGCAGGGAGUGAGGGCUGGGUAUGGGAUUAGGAGAGAAGGGACAGGAAGUAGAUGAGAGCUUGGGGCAUUAGCAAGAAGAUGGGAUGCAGAGGGCCUACGUGUUCUGGGUAUUACUGAGCCUGGGUGGGGGAAGAAAACGUUUUUCCAGGCCCACAGUGAAGAGAAGCUAGAAUUUGAACAGAACAAAAGAGAAGUAAUUGAGCUCUUGAGUCUGAUGUCUCUCUCGGUAAGCCAAGAAGGGACUGAGUAUGGAAACCCCAGGCCAGGCCCCUUUUGACAAGAAGCUGGCAUUUCUGGGACAGGACUAGGCAAAAACAGAUAAGAUUUCUUGGUGUUUUUCUUUACCUUAGCAGCAACCUGGCACCAAAGAACUUUUAUCUUCCCUCAUCUACCCUCCUUACCCACCCAACCCCUUCCUUCCUGUCUCAUCUUGCCAGGGAAAGCAGCUUCCACCUCAACAUCUCCAAGGCACCCCAAAUACCACCAAAAAGGGCCUUUCCCCAGCUUCUCUGAAUGUGACUGGCCACAGCCAAGACUCUGCCUCAGCCAGACACGCCAGCUGUGAGGGACCCGUUUCCAUCCAUUUCUCCUGAUAAGAUAAGCAGGCUAGGACGGGAAGUGGGGAGGAGAAAACGAAGGCAAAUUGUGCUGGCUUGCCCUCUGCUCCACCCUACCCACAACACCCCCAUCAGAAUUUGUGUGUGCUAGUCUGACUGGAUAUUGUGAAAACAGCUGUGUGGUAGUGGGAUUUUGAGUAUAAUUGGGGCUGCAUAAUUCUAUCUGUGGUUGCCUGACCAUGUGAGGUUGAUCGAGUGAGGUGUGACUGUGAAUGUGUAGCUAUGGGUAUAUGAGUGUGAAUGUCCAUCAUUGGAUGCCACUGAGGAUUCUUGGCUGCUCUUAUUCAGUCACUGUACCUUCAGGCCCCACAUCAUGCACUGUCCCUCUCCCCAGCUUCUCUGCCCAGGGCUUAGGAGCCCAUGGGAAAAGGCUUUCCUAAAAGAGGAAGGGGGUUCUGGCAUAGGGGUCUGUGGCAACCAGAGCCCAGGAGUGUCACCGGAUGAGAAAUCCAUCUUCAUCUGCCUCUGACUCACCUGGUGCCCCAGGUUAAAGGUAUCCAGAUAAAAGAUAGGGGAGAAGGAGGAGAGAGAGAGAGAAGUAUCCAGGCUGCGCAGCAUGAAGGAGCCCUCACCCACCAUCAGCCUCCUGCUGCUACUGUUGCUUCUGAUCCCAGACUCGGGAGCAGCAGUGCUACUGCCAUCCAGCACUACCUGCUGUACCCAGCUCUACCGACAGCCACUGUCAAGAAAGCUACUGAGGAAGGUCACCCGGGUGGAACUGCAGGAGGCUAAUGGAGACUGCCACCUCCAGGCUUUUGUUCUUCACCUGUCUCGACGCAGUGUCUGCAUCCACCCCCAGAACCGCAGCCUGGCUCGAUGGUUUGAGCGCCAAGGAAGGAGGUUCCAGGGGACUCUGCCCAACCUGAAUGUUGACCUAAUAGGGAAAAUGGGCCGGGCCCCCCAAUAGCCAAAAUGAUAAAGCUGUAUUGAACAAUAA